UAGUAACUCAAAAAUUCAAAGUGGAGAAUAGUAACAUCAGCUAAUUCUUCUUCUUCUUCUUCUUGUUGCUGCAAAUUUUAAGAAACUUACUUAUGGCGACUAUUGUGGGAGAAGCAUUUCUUACGGCAUCUUUGAAGGUAUUGUUGCAAAAGAUUGUUUCUGGUGAGUUCGCUGAUUUAUUUCGGAGUACCAAGCUUGACGUUCCACUUUUGGAAAAGCUGAACAUAACACUGAUGAGUCUGCAAGCUGUACUGAAUGAUGCUGAGGAGAAGCAGAUCACCAACCCUGCUGUCAAGCAAUGGCUGGAUUUGCUGCGAGAUGCUGUCUUUGAAGCUGAUAAUUUGUUAGACGAAAUCAACACUGAGGCAUUGCGGUGCAAAGUGGAAGCCGGGUAUGAAACUCAAACUGCUACUACCAAGGUGCUGAAAAAAAUCUCUUCUCGUUUCAAAAUGUUUAAUAGAAAGAUGAAUUCUAAACUGCAAAAGUUAGUUGAUAGAUUAGAACAUUUGAGAAACCAGAAUCUUGGUUUAAAAGGUGUUUCUAACAGUGUCUGGCACAGAACUCUUACAAGUUCUGUUGUGGGGGAUGAAUCUGCUAUUUUUGGUAGAGAUUAUGACAAAAAGAAACUUAAAGAGUUUCUGCUAUCACAUGAUGGUAGUGAUGGUGAAAGUAAAAUAGGAGUGAUUUCCAUUGUGGGGAUGGGAGGGCUAGGAAAAACAACACUAGCUAAACUCCUCUACAACGACCGUGAAGUGAAGGAGAAAUUUGAGGUGAGAGGGUGGGCACAUAUCUCAAAAGAUUUUGAUGUUGUCACCGUCACUAAAACCAUCCUUGAAUCUGUCACUUCAAAGAGAAAUGACACUGAUGCCUUGAAUAUUCUACAAGUGCAAUUGCAACAAAGUUUAAGAAGUAAAAAGUUUUUGCUUUUACUCGAUGACAUAUGGUAUGGAAAGUAUGUUGAGUGCUGGAAUAAUUUGAUCGACAUCUUUAGUGUUGGGGAAAUGGGAAGUAGGAUCAUCAUCACAACAAGAUUUGAAAGCGUUGCACAACCAUGCAAACCUUUCUUCCAGUCCACAAACUGGAACCUCUGCAAGGAGAUGAUUGCUGGUCUUUGCUUUCCAAAUAUGCAUUUCCAACAAGCAACUACCAACAACGAUCCAAUCUAAAAACAAUUGGCAGAGAAAUUUCAAAAAAAUGUGAUGGUUUACCAUUAGCUGCAAUAGCAAUAGGGGGUCUUCUUCGCACCAAACUAU